AUGAGCUUUUCAAUUUAUGAUUUGGAUGAAGAUAUUCGAAAAUUAUUGAACUUGGACAAUUUCCUUGAAGGAUUAUCAGUCAAUGACUUUAUAGAAGAACUCAGCAAAGAUCAUUUUCUUAAAGGAGCUGAGGUCAACAAGUUGGAAUAUUUAGAUCCUAAGCCAUAUAUAAGAACUUUUGAAUCAACAUUAAGAGAGUUGAAGCGACUCAAUGAGCAAGCAAAAGAUCAGCAGAGUAGAGUUGAGAAAGAGGUAGAGAAUUGUGAGUUAAAACAUAGUGAGAAUGUGAUACAAUUAUCAACCAAGAUUAACAAGAUAACCAAAAAGUUUGAUAAGUUGGAUGUCAAGAUUUCGGACGUGACAAGAAAAAUAGAUCCAGUGGGACAGUCUUUGACCAAGGUUUCAACCUCAAGAGACAGAUCAAUGGAAACGAUAUUUUUGAUUAGAGCAUAUCAUGGAUUUUAUACCAAAGAAAAGUACGAUCCAUUAGAGAGUUUACGAGUCAGCAAGAAACAAGAAGAUAAAAUCAAAUGUGCAAAGACUUUGAAUAACUUAAUCACGCUUGCUAAGAAAAUUGAAUCACCAGAGAUUUCUAAAACUACCACCUGCCUUAAUGCGAUUGAAAAAUUUGGCGAAACCAUGGAGAGGAACCUCUUGAAUAGAUUUGAAGUAGUUUAUGAAGAUAACGAAUUUGACAUGAUGAAGGAUAUUGCUGAUAUAUUAUUCCACUUCAAUGGGGGUGGCAAUGUUGUGAGGACUUUCGUAAACAAGAAUGACUUAUUACUUGAAGCAGAAAGAGAGGACGAUCAGGAGGAGGAGACCUUGUUAGAUAAUGAAGUGGCAUGGAUCAAUUUAGCUGAUCCAAAUUUCAAGGGGGACAUAAAAGAUGUUUCAACGGAGUCAUUGCUCGAUAGAUUAAAAUUUGAUGUUAAAGGUCAGGCUAGAAUAGUUCAACAAGUUUUUGAAGAUCCUAUUCCAGUGUUGAAGAUUUUUAUUCAAAGAAUUUAUGCUCAAAUGAUCCAAAAUAAGGUUAGUGCUCUUUUGCAAUAUUCUUUAUCGAUCAAUUCCUUAGCACACGUUAGGGUUCUUAACUAUUUAUAUGUCUUGGUGAAUGACUUUACUAAUGAUGUUAAGGAAUUUCUUAACACUAAUGAUUUCGAUAAAGAAAAUGAAUUGGCUUCAAUUUUGGACCAGUCCACCUACGAUUUAUUCAUAGAAUACACUUCUGACAACACUUAUUUUGAUAGGGAGAAAAAGAACCUCGAAGAAACCAUAUAUUACAUUGUCCACAAGUUUAAUUCAUUUAAUGAAAAGGCAGUGACUAACAGGUAUUUGUCGCUUAGAAUCGAAAAUAUAGAUAAUGUGGAGUAUAAUGAAAAGCCCGAUAAUGUUGAUAAGUAUGGGUUUUAUCUCUCCGAAAAGAAAAGACUUAACAAAUUUGCAAAUUUUAUGAAAUCUCACUUGUCUGACAAAAAAAGGGCUUCCACAGAUCUUGAAAAGGUAAGCGAUCAGGAAUAUGAAGAGUAUUCAAAACUCAAUAUUUCAAAGGUCGAGACUGUCAUAAAAUCGGCCAUCGAGUCUAUUGCACGUUUAUUAGAGUUGACAACAAACAAAACACCUGAGUAUUCGUUGGAAAUUUUGGAGAUAUUGUUGUUUGACUUUGGGAAGCUUUACGUGGGCGCCGGAUUAGAUGUAGCAUACGAAAAGUUGAGGCAAGAAAAUGUCGCCUCAAAAAUAAACUCGGUACAGCCUUUUGAUUUGAGCUACUUGAGUACAUUUAGCUUGGUUACUGAGAUCCUAUAUUUGCUAUCUUCAUGCAUUAAACGUAUCAUUUUGCCUUGUGCUGUGAACUCCCCCAAUAUCAAGAAUAGGAUGAGCAAUUUGACUAAUGGCUAUAUUUCAAGAUGUGAGCUCUCACUAAAUAUUAUUUUAUCAGAAACUAUUGAAAUGAUUGGGAGCAGAUUAAAUUAUUUGCUAUCAAGACAAAGGAAGAAGGACUUCUUAUGUGAUAACAUCACAGAAGAUGAUACAGAAGCUUGUGAAUUAUCCUCAGAAUUUUUACUUAAUAUUCACGAAAGUCUAAAAUUGUAUAUUAGCAAGACUAACUUGAGAAACGUUUUGAUUAAAGUUGGAAUGAAUUUUCUAAAUCAAUUACUUGAACAUUAUAAAAAGUUCACUGUCAACUCCACCGGAGGUAUUAUCCUCACCAAGGAUGUAAUAAGAUAUCAAUCCACUAUUGACAGUUGGGAAAUCGAUGAAUUAUCUGAAAGAUAUCAGUUAUUAAAAGAAAUUGGAAACUUGUUUACUGUCCAUCCGCAUUUGAUCAGCUCGUUAAUUACAGAAGGGCAGUUGGCAAAUUUGAAACCCUAUACAAAAAGACAGUACAUUUCUAAAAGAACCGAUUUCAAUCCAAGUUAUAUAGAAAGAUUCUUCAGUUUCAAGCGAUAA